UGACACAAUUAACAAAUAUUUGAGCUGAGUUGCUAAUUUCAGAGCCCUUUAAGAGUUUAUGCUAGUGCACUAGCUAACUUUAUUUGUAGUUUUUCGAGUGGCGGCGCGGCCAGCGAUGACGUCAUAUUUAGUCGACUUGUACUUCCUGUCGGGCGGGCAGUUGGUAUCAGAAUGAGAGACGCUCUUAAACUGAGCACACAUAUAAUUCAAAUUGAACACAGAUAUUAUUCAAAUUAAACACAGAUAUAACCCAAACAAGCACAACCGCGAGUGUGAAAGUUCCCGAAAGUCAUUUAAUAGCAUCUUAAUUUGACGAAAACCUGUUUGAAUCCGUAACACUUGAGCCGUUAAGCUAGUUAGCAACGUGGCUACUUCACAUGUGUUUUGCUAAUGUUAGCCAGCUGGCAUCACUGCUGUUCAGACUCGUUGUGGUUCAGGUUUUGCACUGAGGUGCAGUGGAUCUAGCUGCUCGUUUGGUUGGCAGCAGGAUGAAGCUGGAGCUGUGCCGUGUGGUGCAGGGGAGCAGUCGGCUGGGUGUCCUGAAGGGGCUCGGCAGGUCGGGACAGCACUCUCUGGAAGUCCCGGGGUGUCUGCUGCACACACACCUGGGCACCGUGCCCCACCUCACCCAGGACACACUGCACACCCUGAACAACCUGCCCUCUGUCACCCAGGUCACCCUUUCCAAUCUAGCAGAGCACCGGGAGGUGUUGGAGGAGUUUAAGGAUGGAUUCAGGAAGUUUGCAGGUCUUCAUGAUACCGUGUUGUACUGCUCGCUUCAUGACCCUGCGACCCCCUGCCCAACAGGUUACACUACUAACAAGACGGUGUCGGUGUGGGGCAGCGGUGGGCGGAUUGAGCUGACAGCGGCCAAGUUCAUGGCUCUCCAGAAGGCCGUGCAGCCGGACUGGUACCAGAGCAUGGCAGACGGAGAGACGUGGCAGAACAACACCUCACGCAAAAGGGUCCGAAAGUCGGUGGAUCGAACUCUCGCCCACCUGGAUGAGUGUCUGCUGCUUCACCAAAAAUCACAGGAGUUGGAGGGAGUGGAGGUGUUCGGGGUGGUGGAGGGAGGAGACAUCCUGGAAGAGAGGGUGCGCUCAGCCAGGGAGACUGCCAAGAGGCCUGUGGCAGGGUUCUGCCUGGACGGCCUUCAGACGGGCUCAAUGGACCCGGCCCUGAGGACGCAGCUCAUCACCGCUGUGAGCAAGGAGCUGCCUGAGGACAAACCCAGACUGCUGCAGGGUGUAGGACGACCUGAUGAGGUGCUCAGGUGCGUGGAGGCUGGUGUGGACCUCUUUGAGAGUUUCUUCCCAUUCCAGGUGACGGAUCGAGGCUGUGCUCUUUGCUUCAGCUUCAACAUCACCCCGGACCCGGAGCUCGCAGGUAGAGCGCCCCCUGCAGUGCUGGAGCUGGAUGAAGAGAAGGACACUGUGGGGGAGACGCAACAGAAUGGAGAUUUUAAUCUUUACGAUCAAAUGCAGAUGACGUCCUUUGAAAUCAAUCUCAAAGACAAGAGGUACCAGGAUGACUUCAGGCCCCUGGUGGAGGGGUGUGGCUGCUAUAGCUGUAAGAACCACCAGAGGGCAUACCUGCACCACCUGCUGGUGACCAAUGAGCUGCUGGCGGGAGUCCUGCUCAUGAUCCACAACACAGCCCACUAUCAUGCCUUUUUCGGCGCCCUCAGAGAAGCUCUGGCCAACGAUAAACUGGACCUCCUAAAGAGAUCGGUGCUCAGGGAGAGAGUUGGGCACACUGAAAAAAAGCAAUGAGUCAGAUAAAUCAGAAGGACAAGAGAGGGAUUGAUCAGCUUUUCCUCUGAAGGAUCACUGGACUGACUUGGCCAGAUGCAAUCUUACUCUCAGAAUCCGUGUGUGCCUCCUGUUGUGGUCUGAUUACAGGCCAGCAGAUGACUAAUAUCCUCUGCAGUCAUUGACUUAGCAGCAUAGACCAGAGGGUGAACUAACUUGGUGACUGAUUACUAGAGAGACCAAAAUAUAUCCUGCUUUUCUCCUGUUAUACUGUACAUUGUCAUGUGUAUAAUAAGAUUUCCUUGAAGCUUUUUGGAAUUUCAUUCUAGGUUUCAUCAUUUCUCAUUUGUUCAUGAAUCUUUUAAUGUUUCAGUUGGAUGAGCUCCUCACGUGCAGAUUAACUUCAUGUUGCUGUCAAACCCGCUGACUAACCGGCAUGUAUGAUGAGACUGUGUCACAUUAAACACCCAGU